CGGGCAUUGUGUGAAUGAGCGAGGAUGUGGCCAAGGCCCAACCAUCUGUUGCAGCUAUUGCUGCGGCAGUGGCCCUUGCCCAGCCAGAGGUGAGACGAAAGCGACGGAGAGUGCCUUCGGCAUGUAUGGAAGAACCAUGUGACGACUUGCUCAUGUCACCGACCACUGGUGCUGCCGUGUCAUGGCCACCAAUUGGCCAACCACCAACGGACCAGACAGACAGGUCGGGCUUUACCACUGGAACUGGCAGCUCGUCGCACGAGCUCACGUCAUUGCAGACAGAGGCGGCGCUGGAUGCCCGUGCGGUGAUGGCGGCGGUGCAACAGGUACAGAGCGGACGGUGCUCGUUGGCGUCGCCAUCGCCAGCUGCUUUGGCGGCAAUGAUGGGUAUGGGCGUGCCUGGGCCAUCGAACGAGGUCGAGGGAGCCAGCAGCAGCAACAGCAGCAGUGCUAGCGGAGAGGAAGCGGCGGCAAAGGCCGGUGUGACAACGCCGCGGCCGGCGAUGAAGCGGCAACGGGCUUUGGAGAGCAGAGAAGGCGAGAAACAGCAGGCAUUGUCAUUGAGACACCCUGCACAGUAUGUGAUGCUGACAACGGACCAAGCAGACAUUGUCAAGGCAUACUUUCGGUUCGUCAAUCCUUUGCUCGGCUGCGCGCAGCUGAGCCAGUCGCUCGAGGCGCUGGCGUGUUUGCAGAGCCGACAGCCAUCAGCUCUCCUCGACUCGCCCGUGCUCAAGAUCCAGCUGGACGCGAUGGCGGCACAUGUGCUUGCGGCGUCGAAUCCGGAGCUGGCACAGGUGGCCAAGUCGUCUGCGCACAUGGCGGUGACGUACGCACGUGAUCCGUACACGCGUAAUCUGGCAUCGACCAACUUUAUGAUUACCGGCCUGUACUUUGGUGUCGACCCGAAGCGGUUCAACGAGCACAUGUCGCGGGCUUGGGACAUUGUCAUCGAGCUGGCGGCGCGGAAGGGCAAGGUGAUCAAGCGGGCGUCGCAGUCGGGCUCAGACUAUAUGGCGCUGAUGCGUGCCUUUGCGGUGCUCGACGAGGCACCGAAUGCCAAGGCCCUGCUGCAGAUGACAGCGCUGGGCGACGAACAAGCCGUACGGCUGGCGUGCGGCUGCACGCAGCACAUGGCAACCCAAGUAUGGAGUCCAAUGCCUCGCUCGUGGUGGACGGUGGUGUACGGUGUGACCGGCGAGGCCAUCGAAGCGUAUCUGACGUCGGCCGAGGCGACGCUCUUUCUCCCGCCGCUCUCGCAUGCCUUUGUCGACACGAUGGUACGUACGCUGGUGUACGCCGACGCGGGCGCAUGUGCCGAGCCUGUCGACGAGAGCGUCGACGUCGGCGAGUUCUCGCGGAAUCUGAUGCUACCCGGCGCGCGGCAUCGGCGGCUUGUCGAGCUCAUGCCGCUCAUGAUCAACAUGAGCAAGAUGAUGCUCGCCGACGUCCAAGCUCAUUCACCUCACAAUGCCCAGGCGCUGUGCUAUGGCGGCUUUACCGCGCUCAUGGCCGCGUACUACCUGUGCAUCGUCGACCACUUGGCGUACACCAACGGCGACACAUCGUUUCGCUUUCUCGAGGUGGCACUCAGGAUUAUGGAGAGCUCGCCGCUCUCGCGCGGCGUCGCGCUCGCCAACUACCUCCUCAGCGUCACAGCCAUCAACGCUGUCUGUGCCCACUCGCUCUCGGCGCUCCAGCGCAUCGACGCUGCCCUUGACCCACUCUACGCCGUCUCACCGUCAGAGCUCUCGCCUCUCCCCGCUGUACGCCUCGCCAUCGAGACGUGUUCCCUGAAUGCCUCGGUCACGCUCGGCACAAUAGAUGCGUCUACCGCCGCCAUGUUUGGCACAGCCGCUGCCGUCGACACCACGUCCGCCGCGCCCACUGGCGCUGCCUGCUCCUCCGGCUUCCCGCCGAGUCGUGCGCCAUCUGAAACCAGCUUUGUCGACAACAAUGAUAUCCUGGACAUGCUCGCCGGCCACGACGAUCUCGAGCUCGUGUUCCUUGCUCCCUAAUCUGCAGGCGCUCCUGCCCAUCCGCCAGAAUGUGGGGAUAUAGGAGGCCACAGGCAAACAUUUUUUUUUUUGGCCGUUUCUACCGCAACGUCUUUCAAUGCGUCUGAUUGAUGCUAAUGAAGCCGAGUGCGGGACAGA